AUGUCACUUCAGGAGAUUCUCGCUCCGAACCUGAACCGCUACACAGCGCAACCGAGUGGUCGCUACCUCUCCAAUCGUCUCGUCACCCACAAUGGCAUCACCAUCGCCAUCGCCCUGGGCAAGGCGGAGGGCGGCUCGUACUUCUUCGCGUACUCGAUUCUGAACGCCGAGGAGGAGAGUCAGGCAACCAAGGAGCAGGCCACGAAAACGGGAGCAGCGGUGGACAAGCUCGACUCGCAGUGUUGGUUCGAAAACGUAAAGAUGCUGCAGUUUCCGUCCGAGGUCAGGGUCGUUGGCGAAGAAGCGAUCCCCGUUUACGAGAUUCCGGCCGUCGAUCGCAGCAACCGCAAGGUCGUCCGCUCGCCGGACCAGACGGAAAGGUUGAACACAUGGCUCUCGUCUUCGCUGUGCCUGAUGGACCUGGACGUUUCCGACUUUCAAGUGCUCUCCGAUGGUCGAUACGUAUACCUGUUCCGCCAAGGCGCGUCAGCAGCGAAGCCAUCGCCAAACCCGUUUAUGACGGACAAGGAAUCCGGGACGCCGCCAGUGAACGGUACCUUGCUCUGUGACCGCUUCACACUCGUCGGAACGACCCUCAGCCAGCCUCUGGAGGCUCGAUACCAACGAAGCCGCCAGAAACAGAUCCCGCUCAACGAGCAGGACACGCUCGGCGUCAAAGACAUCGACGACAAGAACUUUUACGAGCCGACACACUCGCUCCGUUUCGUCCAGGACCUCGCCUACGGCCGCUUCUGCGUCCUUCGAGCCCCCACCGUCAUCAACGACGUGGCCAGGUGGCUCAUCUUUGCCUACUCUCGCAGAUCGGGUCAGAUCGAGUGUCUGACAACCGAUGUUGCUUCCGACGGCCUGUUCGACCUGCACGGCCGCGUCUACUACACGUGCGACUCGGACAAGCACCCAAAGGCGUUUGCCAACGGCCCGGGCUCUUGCACAGCCUCGAGAAGCGACAACGGCCGGACAUGCAGCGAAGCCAGAGUCCCGAUCCUGCCCAAGACGCCGGCGUCGAAGCGUGCGAUGAAGUUGAGUGGCGGGGAGGAACUUCGUCUCCGAGAAGGGAUCAACCUCUCGGGCUUGGCCGACGGCUUCACGCUCGAAGCCUGGGUGACGCCGGAGUCUUUCUGGGACGACACCGACAGCCCGACAGAAGGACCUGCUGAGGGAUCUUUCUUCUGUCUGUUUUCUCAGGCGUCUGAUGGCAGUCCCGGUGUUUAUCUGGACGAUAAACUGCGGGUUGUGCUUCGCGUGGGUCCGAAGAAUGAAUCCCUCGUUGCAUCCGACACAAGUCUCAAGGUCGACGAGUGGAAUCACGUUGCUGUUACCUACAACCCCGCUAGCCAGACGUUUGGCCUGGUCAUAAACGGCGUGGCGGCCGGUUCUGUCUCCUCUGAAGUCAAGCCAGGACAGCUCUCUAGUCUCGGCUUCCAGGCGAAGGAGCCUCAGAGUUCCUUCAGGGGUCUCCUCGACGAAGUGCGCCUCUGGAGCCGUCCACUUCAUCCGUCAACCCUCAAAGCCCACAUGUCCGGCCGCGCCACGGGCCUGGAGCCCAAUCUGGAGGCGUGUUGGCACUUUGACGAAGAAUCCGGCACGACGGCCUUUGACGCGACUCUCAACAACCGCGAACUGAGUGUUGUUCCCAUCGGAGGUGGCUCGACGCCUUCAGACGUCUGGACACGGUCUGUUGCGCCAAUGGUGGCGAGUUACGGUCUCUCGCGAACAAUCCUGCGUCUGCCUUCGGCCGUGGAGAUCAAAGGCGGGCUCGGUGCUACCGUCUACAACGAGCAAGUCGCCGUCUCAGAGCAGAAGCCCCAGACGGAAGAAGGUUCCAAGUCCAGUAUUAACGCCCAAGCGAAUCACAUGAAGCGUGGCGCGAGGGUGCUGCUGUGCUUCGUGACCGGCACAGGCAACUCGCCUCUACGUCUGGCGGUCCUCGACUUUGGUUUGCUGUCGGACGGCACACUUCCGGACACGCCGGCGUCGAUUCCUCUGCCGGCUCUGAGCAUCGCUCCCCUGGCUUCCACCAACACGAAAACCGGCCAAGUAGGAUCUCGAGUCUCGACGGCUCUCCUCUAUGUUGGGAGCCAAGGCAUGGAGAUAUUCGGCGGAAUCCUCGCCUUCGACGCCGCAGAGUGCGGAACUGAAGCGCCGUGCCCCUUCGAGUCUGCCAUGGGAACCGUCACCAUCUUCUUCAGGGCCCAGGGUCGCUGGAAUGGAGCCCUCUCGGCGCUCAAGUACAACAUAUCUCGCAGUGUUGUUGCGGCGGCCAUUCCGGCGUCGAUCCUCGGUGGACACGAAGGCUUGCUUGCGACGAGCAAGCUUCGACAGGCAAAGAACCUGGUUUUUCAGACGGAGCCGUGUCCGUGGGCUCCAGCACAUUUGGCCGUCAACCUCACGCUGACGGCGAAUAUGGCCGACGGUAAGAAGAUAGUCGAGACGUGGAAAGGCCUCCCCCCGCAGCUGGACAAGUUGUACAGCCUCCUAAACGGUACCAGCAAGGGCCAGGCAGAUACUGUUGGUGAAUUGGCUCAGCUGAAAAUAAUUGAAACAGGUGAAUACGCAAAGCAAAAGACGCCUCCAACCGAGCUCGUUCUUAGACAGGCUCUCGCCGCCCCCGUUGCGGCAGGGGCAUACCUUGGCGUCGGUAUGCGCAGCUACAUGUUAUUAGUUGACGCCAAAGCCGGAGACAAGUCUCUCGUGGCAUCGCUGUACAACGACCAGAAGCCACAAGGAAAACCGCCCGGCAAAGGUUCCGAAGUCAUAGCCAUGAGCUACGAGCACUACGCGCUGAUCACCUGCGAGGGCAAGCCCGCCGGCGACUUUACUCUCGGCUCGAGCCUUGUAGCCAUGGCUUGGUCGCCGUCUUCCGUCGUCACCGGCCAGGCUGCAAAAGCGCCGACCUCACAGAUCCAAGCACCCGGAACCAGCUUCAUCACCGGCAGCGGCCAGAGUCCGACUUUCGGCUCGCCGCCGGGCUCGACGGCCCUUCGACUCAACGGCAGCACCGUCUACUCCAUGCUCGAGGACGCGGUGGCAACAGCUCCCUGCCCUGGCAUUUGCUUCGAGAGCUGGAUGAAAGUCGAGCGCGCCUCGGACAAGACGAUUGCCGUUGCCUACACGUCGGAGCACUCGCCUCGCGCCGACGGCUCGCCCAAGGAAGAGCAGACGUUUCUGCUCGGCGUCCCGCAGCCAUCCAGCAGUAGCAUAUACGACCUUGUGGGAAACAUCAACGGCCUGCAAUUCUUCGUCAACCAACACGCGGCGCUGAAGCUUGGCCAGUGGGCACAUUUUGCCUGUUCGGCACGGAAUUCGUUUGCCCUCGAGUCCUCAUACAGUGAUUACGUCGACCUCGGCAAAGCGGCCGAGUGGAACGUCUCUGACUUCUCGCUGGCCUUUACUCUGCAGCUCAGCGAGAGCGGCUCCGGUGACCAAACCAUCCUCGUCAAGGCCGACAGCGCAUCGGGCUCUACGCCAUUACACGUCAAGGUCACGUCGAAGCGCCUGCUCCAGCUCUCGUAUUGGGCCCCGAACGAAGACGGUGCCGACCCGCGAGAGCGCAACUUCUACUCGCCGGACAAUUCGCCCUUGGUCGCGGGUCAGGCAUACAAGGUCUUCAUCUCGCGCGAGCUCGUCUUCAUAAACAGACCGAGUGCGGCCCCGAGAUCGUACCAGCGCGUCACGAUGCGUGCGUGGCGUUCGGAUGGAAGCCUUCAUAUGCAGUUGAACCCGGACACCUCGGCCAAGCUCACGGAAAGUGAGGGUGCUUCACCGAUGCGUCUAAAUUUCAACAGCGGAGCUCAUCAGACUCACGGGGCUGCGCAGGGAAAUGAGGCGCCUCUUUCCCUUGGUGGCGCGUCGUGUAUUCAAGCAGGUGGACUGCGAGGCAUCAUCGGGUCUAUCCAGCUGUACUCGUCGGCGAUUCCGACUCCCGCAUCUGCUCUGGACUUGUACGCGGCUUCUGGAAACACCAAGGGCGCCAUCGCCUCGUGGUCGUGUCGCGAUGCCGGUGGCUUCAGUCUCGUUGAUGACCUGGGCCGCAACCACGGCAAGUUCAAGGGCAACCUGCGCUGGCUCCUCAGUCCGUAUAAGCCAGACCACCAGCUCUCCGUCUUCGUCAACGGGACUCGCGUCAAGCAUGAGCAGCCAAAUGCCACUCACGGGGCCCUUCUAGCGCAGGCAGCUCCGGCAGGACCGCACCAGCUGACGCUCGGAAACGCCCUGGUGGUCGCUGGUGCCGACGAUGAUAAUCAAGGCCGCUUCCUGGGGCUUCCCGUGGACUUCUGCGGCGAGUUUGACGAGAUGCGCAUCUGGAACGUGCCGCGCACCAGGGAGAAUAUCUGCGAUUCGCUGCAUACCAGACUGACUGAGGUCCCCGCGGACAUGGCUGUCUACCUCCCGUUUGACGACGCAAACGCCGAGACGUCGCCGGGGAGUCCAGCUCAGGGUGACGAUGAUGCAAUUCUCGCCGACGCCUCAGUCAACUGCUUCCACUUGACGCCGCUCUUCGGGGCUGCGACGGCUAGAGUAGCUUCCGAGGCGCUCGUCGGUCACGAUUCUCCUUGUGUCAACCACACGCUCGGUGCCGUCGCCGGCCAGUCGCGCGGAGUCGUGACAUAUGCCGGGCCUUCGGUGGCCGAGUAUGGCGACUUACAGAUCAGUGCCAGCGGCGACAUGGAGGGCAGCUUCAAACGCGCCUACUCGUACAUCGACGACUCCGGCAAGUGGUGUCUAGUAACGGGCUUCCGCAUCGGCGCACUCAAGACGGAAUGGGUCGGCCAGGUUCAGACAUCGCCAACCCUCAUCGGCUUCAUCGAGGGCGCACCGCCUCUCCCUGUCGAUACCUUCGUCGACCCGAGCAGCCGGCCGGCGACGUCGGUCCACUUCCGCCACACCAAACGCUGCACCUACACGUACAGCUCGCGCUUCGAGCACAUCAGCGACUUUGACCUCUCGGUCGUCCGGGGCUCCGGAGCCAAGUUCCAGGUCAGCGCCGGCUUGGGCGUCGAGACCGAGACGGCCUCGGGGCAGAUCAAGGGGGCGAAUAAGACAGUCAUUGACAUCUCGGCCGGCCUGGUCAACAACGAAGUCCGGACGUCGACAACAAACGUCAACAUGGAGAUGGGCAUGCAGCUGACGGGUGUCUGGAAGGAAGACGACAAGAACCCGGCCAAGGAGACGUAUGAGCCGUCCAACACUGGUCUGGCCCUCGUCGAGAGCGAGGUCGCCGACGUCUUUGCCCUUCGGCUCCAGAUGCGCGGUCCCAUUGCGCCUCUCGUUGCCUACCAGAUGCGACCCAACCCCAACACUCCCAAGGACCGCAACCUGGUGUCGUUUGAGAUCAACCGCAGAUACACCAAGCAGGGCUGUCUCGACGGCCGCCGCGGCCUGACCAACGACCCGGACUACCCUCCCAUGUCCUCGGCGCCCAAGGACGCCUCGUACUACAAGCCCGCCGAGGCCUACGCCCUCCGCGAGCGCAUUCGGCGGGCCGAGGAGCAGCGCCAGGGCGAAUUCGACCGGCACUCGCUGCUAUACUCUACCGACCUCCCGCGACGAACGCGUCGAAACAUCUGCAACUCGUACGUCUGGACUGCCGAUGGCGGCACCUUCCAGGAGACACACUCGACGCUCGACAUGGUGCAGUCCGAGGUCGGCGGCAACCUGAACACCAAGCUCGGCGUCGGCGCCUCGUUCGACAUGGAGCUGGCCUUUGGCAACGCGCUCGCCACUGUCGACGUCGACGCCAUGUACAGCGCCCACUUCAACUUCAUGAUGGCCAAGGAGCAGACGUCGGACGAGGGAUUCGAGCUGGAUGCCGAUCCGCCACCGCCCGUCGACACCAGAUACAAAGACCCAGAGACAGGCGCGUACGUCAAGAGACCCGGCGCCGUCGACGCGUACAGGUGGAUGAGCUUCUGGCUGGAGCCCAGCGUCGAGGCCACAGACACCUUCUUCGAGCAGGUCCUCGACCCAGCCUGGCUGGAACAGUCGUCCGAGCCCAACGCAAAGCUCCUGCGCUCACUGCGCGAGGCCCUGGCCAAGGAGACGGGCAAUGCUCGCACCAAAGCCUGGCGCGUCCUGCACCGCUGUACCUACGUCAGCCGCGUGCCCGAGAAGGUCGAACAGCGCCCGGCCGCGCCGGGAAACGUCGAGCCGGAGAAGAAGUCGACGCUGCUGGCCGACGUGGCCUGCAACUGGCUUUUGCUCCAGAAGUUGGAGCCCUUUGCGCGCGGCAUCGAGUCGAGGGCGAUGCUGGCCGCUGCUUUGAAGCCACAUGUUUCGAGGCUGUUCCCGACUCUGAUCUCCCAGACGCGGCUUUAUGUCCAGGUGCUAAACUUGGUAGCGGAUUAUGUUGGGCUUGCUUGA